ACGGCGCGAGCGCGCCGACGUGACACGUAUGUGAGUUAAAGGUGCCGUCCGGGUCGCGCGCGCCGCUGUCCGCGCGGGCUCCGUUCGCUGCUCCCGAAAAAGCGCCUGGAAACUUCGCCGGAGCCGCAGCGAACGACAGCAGGAACGCCACGAAGAGCGCGAGAAAGUGCGCGCGGCGGCGGCGGCGGCGGCGACGACGACGACUAGCUUUUUGUUCCGAGACCCGGGGUCCGGCGGGACAAACAAAGUGGACACCGCGCUGGCUGGACUUUGCAAGCAAACUUAGUUCACAUUUGUACCGCAGCUUCCUGUUCCACCACUACCGCCCCCCCCAACCCCCCUCCCGCCGGCGACUCGCACACUAGUUGUGUUUAUUGCAGGAAACUCCUGGAAGACACGAUUCGCAUGGAGUGAAGGAGGAAGCGAACCCAGACGGGAGCUGAGGAGGAGUAGAGUCCGAGCGGAACGGGGAGACGCACACGACACGGUCGGCGUCCACGGCGUCCACGGCGGGACCAUGGGCAACGGGGUCUGCUCCAGGAGGCAGAAGAAAGUGGUCCAGUCCCUGCUGCUGGUCACCGCGGUGUGCGGGCUCCUCUACGGCGCCUUGAUCUCCUACGAGAUGCACAAGCAGCUGAAGAGGACGGAAGCCGUGGCUCUCAAGUACCAGCAGCACCAGGAGUCGUUGUCCGCGCAGCUCCAAGUGGUGUACGAGCACCGGUCGCGCCUCGAGAAAUCCCUGCAGAAGGAGCGUCUGGAGCACAAGAAAACCAAAGAAGAUUACCUUGUAUACAAAUUGGAAGCACAACAGUCACUGAAUAAAGAAAAGCAAGACGCCAACAGCCGCUUUCACUCGCUGCACGUGCAGCACCAGAUGCUGAAGAACCAGCAUGACGACUUGAAGAAGCAGUUCUACGACCUGCAGGAGCAGCACCGUGAGCUGAGCGACAGCCACGGCAAGGCGCUGGACGAGCACCGCAAGAGGUUCGACGAGCUGCAGGAGACCAAGGAGCUGGAGAUCUCAAAGCUGAAAGAGAACAUGUACAACCUGCGGGAGGAGAACAAGCAGCUCCGGAAGGCUCACCAGGAUGUCCACUUGCAGCUGCAGGAUGCCCGGCAACAGCACAAGGACCUGAAGUCUGCUCACGAGCGGCUCGCAGUGACACUGGAGGACCACAAGAGUGCGCUGUCGGUCGCACAGGCGGAAGUGGAGCAGCUGAAGAAGCUGAAGGUGUCCGGCGCAGAUGCACAUGCGGACGCUCGCCGAGCCGUCGAGGCUGAUUCCGCGGCCAACCAGCAGAGGGUGACCCUGGAGCAGGCGCAGGUGGAGCACCGCAGGGAGGGAGGAGCGCAGCAGAUGGCCGGCGCGGCGCCACCGGACGACGGGACACGAGAGGAGCAGCACCGCCGUGAGCUGGGGGGAGAGCACGAGGAGCCGGCCGCACCGCACCGGGAGGAGGAGGAAGAGGGGGAGGAAGGACAGCGUAACGACCGGAACGCAAAGACCGUGGAGCCGCCGGUGCGCUCCGCCUACGAGCAGCAGCUGGAGCAGCAGCGGCUGGCAGCGCAGCAGGAAGAGGAGCGCAGGAAGCUGCAGCGCCUCCAGGAGGCCCAGCAUGAGCAGCAGCAGCGCGACGAGGAGCAGCGAUGGCAGCGGAUGCAGGAGCAGCAGCACCACGAGGCCGAUCUGCGGGAGCAGCGGCUGCAGGGAGAGCAGCUGAGACAGAAGAAUCGGUAUGAGCGCAUGGACGCUGACGGCGUUCAGGGGGAGGAGGACCCCCACGGCCAGGGAAAGGAAGAGGGGGGCGUCCCAGCACACCGUGGGAUCGAGGAGGAGCGCGAACGCCAUCGGGAGCCACCGCCGCCACCGCCGGAGGAGCAGGAGGAAGAGCUGAACCCACAGGACGACCCCAACAACCAGGGCGAGGACGAGCUGGAUGAUGCUGAGGAACAGCGGGAGGAGAGACCGCUAGAGCAGCGCAUGGGGGAAGAACAGGGUCGGCCGGCAGCAGACGAGCAGCUCGUGAUGGCUGGAAACCCAGAUCAGCAGGAGGACACCCUGGAUGAGCAGUACCAGGAAGAGGCCGAGGAGGAGGUCAGGGAGCAUUUUGCUGGGGGCCAAAAGCAAGAGGGCGAGGAGGAGGAAGAGGAGGAGGAGGAAGAUGCCUACAACGAGGAGAACGUAGAACCUAACAACACGAAGCGAGACGGCGGCCCGCAUGCCGACACCAGGGGAGCGGCUAAGGAGCCGGAGCCCAACGAGGAGGAGAACUACGAGGAGGAAGAAGGGGACCUGGAGGAGGAGGAGGGGGGUGCCAAGGACACCCGCACCAACCGCAGGGCAGAGAUGUGAGACGGACAUGCGCGUAGACAAACCAUAGUGCCUUCCUGCACCUUCCUCCUGCUCCUGUGGGGCUUGGGUCUUUCUUAGGAAAACAGAACGAAUUUACCGUGACUUUUGGUGUAAAACCUCACUGGAACCAGUGGGGGGGGGGGGGGCUGGUAGAGUAAAUGCUCAGUUAUUCCCCGAGUUUGACCCGUCUCCACGUCCCUGUGGCCUUGGAACCAGUGAUCUCUCCCCUCUAGAGUGGACAGAACAGGGAGCGCUGAGCAUGUCCAGCCUCUCGCUCUCUUGCUUUCUGUCCCUUGCUGCCCCCCAGUCCCACCUCUGCAGGCGUCCCAGGAAAACGGUACAAAAUGCCUGAUGUGAAGCCGCCAAGGUGGAUGUCUGGAGGUACUUAGUACUUAGACGUUGCUGCGUUUUCUGGGUUUUUAUACCAGGGUUUGCUCUUUGUAAGAAUAUUAAUUUGUUUUUAUAUAUCUUUAAUUUUAUAUAUAUAUAUAUAUAUAUAUAUAUUCGGUAUUAUUUUUUGAUGAUGAAGUAUCGUAGAACUGUUUUGUAUAUAUGGGAGGUGUUUGAAAGCGAAAGUGCCACUGAUUUGAACUGAUCAGGUCAAACUAAGAUGCCGGACUUCAAGCUGCACCAGAAGGUUUAAGUGCUGAACCUGGAUCGUGCGGCUCGUGUAACAGAAGUCCCAACGCUAACAUUAGCAGCCGACCCAACCCAGCAGAAUGUUGGUCCUAACCCUAACCCACCAAUAACCCAACCAGAGUCAGUGGUAAUCAUGACCCAACUGUCACACCAACCCAACCCCCAACGCCCACCAAUAACUCAACCAGAGUCAUUGUCUGCCAUGACUGUUGGAACUGAUCUUUUUCAGACAAACUGAGGGCCUUUGGAAUCUCAAUAAUGAAGCACAAAUAAGCUGGAAAAGUGCAUCUGUGGUUCUGUAGAAUCUCUCCAGGUGUUUCCCAUGGCAGACAGCUGCCCCCCCGCACAUAUCUUCUCCGUCCUUGUAUUCCCUGCACUUUCCCUGAUCCCCAUGUGCCCACAGAGCAGACUAUCCAAGAGUCUGCUUAACAGGUUCCCCUCAUCUGAGAAAUUCCGAUGGCAGAGAAAAAGCAUUCUGUUAAGAUACUGUGAACCAAAAUAAGAGAUGAAUGAAUACUAUAAAAUGAAUAACAUUAGAAAUAGUUAAUGACAAUGAAAUAGUGAAAAAAGUACAGAGUGACACAAAUAACACAACUCAACUCCGGCCCCAGUCCAGUGCAAACCGCAGCCCAGGACUAACCAUGACCCAACGUUUAUGUUUACGUUUCCAUGAGUAUGUUAACACUGAGUACAUCCCAGUGCCAGCGCCAACUCAACUCAACUCAACCCAACUCAACCCAACUCAGCUCAACCCAACCCAACCCAACCCAACCCAACCCAACCAAACUCCUGCCUCAUGCCCAAGCUGUGCUUCUUAGAUUCAUUUUGUUUAAUUGUGAUAGGCAGACACACACAGACACACUCACUCUCUCUCUCUCUCUCUCUCUCUCACAUACACACACACAUUCUCAAAUAAAACAUUGUCCUCACAAAAGCGCUCAGGUGUGUUUGGUGAAGGGGACCUGAGCUAAAGUGCAUUUGUGUUCUUGUGAAAAUACACAAGUGUGGCCUCUGAAAGAUGCAAAAUGUUUUAUGAUUCAUGAAUGUAACCGAGAAACGUGACUGAUGUGUGUGUGCGACACAGCUCCUCACUCUCCUCCACAAAGCGCGGAGAUGUGUCCUGGUUUUUGCGCGUGAAUAAUUGAGCGGCGCUUCCUCAUGCAGUAUUUAGGGUGCCCAGCAACAGGCGGGACACCCCUCGGCGGCCCAGCUCCUCCAGGUGAACUGCACUCUGAUUUACUUGGGUUUACCCGGAAAGCGGUGGCGGCCCGGGUUCUUCCGUCCAGCGCCCACGUUUCCAUCACCCCGUGGUUGUGUUUCUCUCUCGUCCGACUGCUGGUGUUGCCACGGUUACGGCCGUGUGCGGUGUAUGUGUGUGCGCGCGGUGUGUGUACACUCAUCAUUUCUCCCUUGCAGCACCAUGCAGUCGGUGUUUUACAUCACAUGAAAUAAUAACUUUUUUCCUCUAUUUCUGCUCACUUCCACAGUCGAAAACAACACGGAGUAGCAGCCCUCCUGCCCCCCGCUGCUCCAUAACACACACACACACACACAAAUGUAUAAUUCUGCACAUAUUUUUCACUACCCGCUGACUCCAUUUUGCUAAAAAAAAGUGUUGCUCUGCGCUUAAAAUGCAUUCAGCAUCUCACUGAAGAUGAACAGCUUGCUGAAUAAAAGUGGUGAAGGGA